AUGUUAGAAGUAAUUCACAAACAGCAUGUCUCCCCAAGCGGCAUGAGCAUACUGCACAGCAAGCUGAGCUUAUCAGAGUGCAAGCGAGGCAUAAAGGCCACCCAGAAGUCUCUGCUUCGAAAAGAUGCUGGAGUAGUAAUUCUUGCUGUAGAUGUUACACCAUUUGACUUGAUCAGUCAUAUACCCGGGCUGUGCCAAGAAACAAACACCCCCAUCUUCUACAUCAGCAGUAGAUUUGACCUGAAAACAGAGAAAGACAAGCCAACCACAUGCCUUUUCAUCCCAAAUAGUAUUCUGUCCCCAGAAGAACUCUCUCAACUAAAGUAG